GUCCUCCAGCGCUGCAGGUGGCGCUCAAUUCGCUGCCAUCGAAUCAAUACAAGAAGAAAAAGGAAACGUCGCUUUGUUAUGACGCAGAUUCGUGCAUGACAUUGGUGUGGCGUGAAUGAUCUGAGCAGGUCAGGAUGGCCAUGUUGUCGUCCGGCGUGUUUUUGCCCAAACUGAUGCAGCAGAGGGCUUUCAGCGUCUCUGCAGCUGUGUCUGCUAUUCAGAAGUUAACACGCGUGAGGGUGGUCGACAACAGCGCUCUCGGAAAUGCCCAUCACCACCGUCCACCAAAAGUCAUUCACGUAUACACCAAGAACGGAGUAGGUAAAGUGGGAGACAAAGUCUUGCUAGCCAUUAAAGGACAGAAGAAGAAAGCUCUCAUAGUGGGCCACAAGAUGCCUGGAGAUCGAAUGACCCCACGCUUCGACUCCAAUAACGUGGUUUUGAUAGAAGAGAAUGGAAACCCCACAGGAACGAGAAUAAAAGUUCCUAUUCCGACGAAUCUGCGCAAAAUGGAGGGAGAAUAUUCAAAACUGUUGGCGAUUGCUCAGAGAUUUGUUUAAAUGGGUGUUUUUGUAUUCCGAGAGGUCAAAUCUGAGGACAAAACCGCUUAAAUUUGUAAAUACAUUAAAAAUGUUCACGCCGUUCAGGUAAUUCGCCUUCAUGGUUACUUGUGGAAUAAUUUGCAAUAAAGCAUGUGGAUGAAACCGUGA